UUUCUAGAGAUUUGAGUCCAAGCGACAUGUUUGUGUGAGAUUUGACUUUUUCUAAGAAGCUGCAAAAACUAUGUUAGAUGUUAGUCGGUUCUGAAUUAUAUUUGUCAAAAUUUCACAAUCAUUAACAGAUCUCAUGAAAAAUACAGUUUAAGAUGAGUGCUUCUUGACAAAAAAAAACGGCAAGAAUGGUGAGACAUUGCCUUGUUACAUUGUUACAUGCUUGUGUGAUAUUUGACUUUUCUUUGCUGGUAAUAGAAGUAUUAAUUAACCAUGCAUAUACAUGUUGUAUCCAGUUAAAAUCUACGUUACUCUAUAAUUUAAUUAACAUAUAGGCUUUAAUGAUAAUAGACCCAGAUGCGGACGGACCUGUGAAUUAGGGGGCCUUAUUCAAAAAUAAAAAUUUAAUAACUAUAGUUUAAACAACAUCUUAAAAUAAUUAUGAACAAAACUAUAGAUAGAUUCUAAGGAGAAAAAGCUGAAAGACAUUGUCGCAAGUUUCGUCUUUCAAUUUUAAAGAGUGUGACCGAUGGUUUGAUUAGUGUAGACCUGGGGAUUUUACCCGAACCGGAACCAAUCCGAAAAUACAAAUUCGAGUCGGAGUCUGGAUCUAGGCUAAAAUACUUAUUGGGUAUAAUUAUUUUGGAUCCGCGGGUUUCAGUUCGUGUCCGAAUCCUGCUAGAGACCCGGUCGGAUACCCAAAAUACCCGAUACUUCUAGUAUAUAUUGAGUAUUUUUGGGUGUUUGGAUAUAUUUUUGGUAUCAUGGAUAUUACUUUUAAGUUUUAGAUUCAGGUUUUUGGUAUAGUUUAAGGUUUCAGGUAAAUUUUAGAUUUUAAGAAAUAUAAUUUGAGUAUUUGAAUAAUUUUGGGUAUUUUUUAGAUCUUCGGAUCAGAUUUCAGGUACAAAUUCGGGGGUUUUUGAGUUUUUGGGUAUUUUUUCGGGUUUUCGGUAUUUUUUGAGUUUUCAGGUGUUUUUCAGAUAUUCAGAUCUAAUUCGGGUACUUUGAAUCUUAAAUACUCGAACCCACACGAACCUGAAAUAUACCAAAAAAUUAUGAGUAUUUUGCGAGUAUAUAAAUUAUAAAACCAAACUUAUCCGGAUUAGUGUAACAAAAGUUAGAGUAAAAUAUUUUACUCUCAGUUUCACUCAAUUACAUCCAAUACUCUAGAAAAGGAAUCUUUUAUUUGUUGUUUCCACUUUUUUUUUUCUACCCUACAAAAGCAAGAGUAAACCGGCGGAAACAAAAAGCAACAUAUAUCUUUCCACUUUAUUUUUACUUUAAUUUACUCCAAUUUAGGCUGUCCACGGACCAGUCAUACCCAAAAAGAGAUGCCUUUAUUUUACUUUUUGUUUUUUUUUUUAUAAUAUUUACGGAGCAUCAUUUAAAUGAACUACCUGAGAUCCACAUAAUAUUCUAUAUGUAUGCUGAGUAUUAAGUUAAAAAAGAAAUGAAAUACAAAUGGUAGAAUAACUUACUCACCAGUGUCACUUGUGAGCGGUAGACAAUGACCUACAUAAUGUUUUCAUAAAUAUCACGUACGUAUAAAAAAUGGAAGUGGGGGACAAUAGAGCGGAGCCCCAUACCAAUGUUUCAUAUAACUCGGCUCUGAAUAGAGCUUUAAUGAUUUUCUAUGGAUUGUGUCAACAAAAUUUGCAGCACGAUCUCAUAUUAUAUAUUAUAUUAGUCAACUAACUACACUCUUAGCUGCAUCAAAAUUUUAUAUAACUCUAGAUUUUGACAUUGAUUUUUUUAAGUUAAAAUUAGAUUUUGGUUCCAUAGGCCUUGAAAAACUGACCCAAGACCACAACAAGUGACGUCUGUACUGUAAAGAUGUCAUAUCUACUCGACCAGAGAGUUUCAGUCUGUUAUAAAUAGAGAGAACUACAUUUGAAGCUUCUACAACCAUUCAACUCUUUUACAAGCUUCAGAAUCUUUCACUUCUCUUGUAAAAUUUGCUCGAAAACAUCUCAUUUUCGUUUCGAUUAAUGCCAAAAAUGAGUAGUGAUUCUCAUAAACUCCAUGUUAUGUUCUUCCCUUUCAUGGGAUAUGGCCACAUGAUCCCAACUCUAGACAUGGCUAAGCUUUUCUCCAGCAGAGGAGCCAAAUCCACAAUCAUCACCACACCUCUCAACGCCAAGAUCCUCCAAAAACCCAUCAACACAUUCAAGAGCCUGAACCCAAGCCUCAAAAUCGAGAUCCUGAUCAUCGAUUUCCCUUGCGUGCAGCUGGGGUUACCAGAAGGAUGUGAAAACCCUGAUUUUUUCACCUCAAACAACAACAGCGACGAAAGACAAACCAUGAUGUUAAAAUUCUUUGCCUCCAUGAGGUUUUUCAAAGACCAGCUUGAGAAGAUCCUCGAGACAACGAGACCAAGCUGUCUUAUCGCUGACAUGUUCUUCCCAUGGGCCACAGAAGCUGCUGAGAAGUUCAAUGUGCCAAGACUUGUGUUCCACGGCACUGGCUAUUUCUCAUUAUGCUCUGAACAUUGCAUCAGAAGAAUGCAUAAACCAAAAAAGAGCUGUGAGCCAUUUAAGGUCCCUGACCUCCCUGGGGACAUUACGAUGACUCAAGGACAGAUGAGAGACCUUGACGAAGAAACCGAGAUGGGGAAGUUUCUGAUCGAGGUUAUAGAAUCUGAAGUGAAGAGCUCUGGUGUUGUUGUGAAUAGCUUCUACGAGCUUGAACCUGAAUACGCAGAUUUUUACAAGAGUUCUGUAGCGACGAGAGCUUGGCAUAUUGGUCCGCUCUCGGUUCACAACAGAGGAUUUGAGGAGAAGGCUAAGAGAGGAAAGAAAGCGAGCAUUGAUGAGGUUGAAUGUCUCAAAUGGCUUAACUCCAAGAAACAAGAUUCGGUUAUUUACGUUUCAUUUGGGAGCGUUGCUUACAUCAAGAACGAGCAAUUGAUAGAGAUCGCUGCAGGGUUAGAAGCUUGUGGCGCAAGUUUCAUUUGGGUUGUGAGAAAACGUGGUGAAAGCAAAGGCGAAGAAGAAUGGUUACCAGAAGGGUUUGAAGAGAGGGUGAAAGAGAGAGGAAUGAUAAUAAGAGGAUGGGCUCCACAGGUGAUGAUACUUGACCACCAAGCAACCGGUGUUUUCGUGACUCAUUGCGGCUGGAACUCGGUUCUUGAAGGAGUGGCUGCAGGGCUUCCGAUGGUGACGUGGCCGGUUGGAGCGGAGCAAUUCUAUAACGAGAUAUUGGUAACGCAAGUGCUGAAGACGGGAGUUAGCGUGGGAACCAAGAAACAUGCGAGUAUGGGAGAUUUUGUUAGCAGAGAGAGUGUGGAGAAAGCGGUGGGGGAGGUGUUGGUUGGGGAAGAGGCCGAGGAGAGGCGAAGACGGGCAAUGAAGCUGGCUGAGAUGGCUAAAUCCGCCGUGGAAGGAGGGUCUUCUUAUAACGACCUAAGCAACUUCAUAGAAGAGUUCAGCUCAUGAUGAUAUGAUCCGGUUAACUCCUGCUUUUGAGUUUGAAACUACUUAAAUGUAGCAGAUCAUUUUUGAGUUGGUUUGAUAAUAUCAAUUUUCGUUUGAAUUUGAAUUUUUUUUAUUUUUUAUGAAGAUGCAAAAUCAUAUGAGAGUAGUUCAAAUUCUGU